UAGAUGGACGUGACGCCACACGUGACCUCGCACAUGACACUGGUGCUGGGCUCAGGCGCAAGCUUAUGGACUGAAGCGAAAGGUGGGAGAGAGAAAGAGAGCGAUCUACACACUCCGGCAUCCAGGACUUGAUUCCAAUCCCUCAACAGAGUUUGUGACUCGUUCAUUAACCAGGGCAUAUGGUGUCAAUCUAAGUGAAGACCUGCAUGGCAGUAUUUUAGCCACGUAUCAAUACAGCUUUAAUAACACCACGUCUGGAGCUCUGAUCUUGUGUGUGUUGGGCGUGUGUGACUAUACCGUUGUUGUGUAAAAACUGUGUGAGACAUGGCCGUGAACUCUGAGCCAAGUGAUUGGGGAUACAAUGAAACAGACGAAGAGAAAGCACCUCUCCUGGUGGCACCUUAUGACCAGUCGAAAGAGAGCCGGGGCAAGACCUCGCCGUACGGAGCAGUGUUUAUCGUGGUUAAUGCCGCACUGGGGGCGGGGCUUCUGAAUUUCCCCGCUGCUUUCUACAUGGCCGGAGGAGUGGUGGCUGGAGUAGUGCUGCAGAUGUGUUUAUUGAUCUUCAUCAUCACUGGCUUGGUGAUUCUCGCUUAUUGUUCUCAGGUGAGCAACGAGAGCACGUAUCAGGAAGUGGUCCGAGCCGUGUGCGGAAAAGUUCUGGGGAUCAUAUGCGAGGUCGGCAUCGCCGUCUACACCUUCGGCACAUGCAUAGCCUUCCUCAUCAUUAUCGGAGACCAGCUGGACAAGCUGAUCAACGCGAUGGCCCAUGAGUCGGACGGUUCUAUCGGAUCUCACUGGUAUACAGACCGCAAAUUCACCAUCACCGUCACCUCUGUGCUCAUCAUCCUCCCUCUGUCCAUCCCUAAAGAGAUCGGCUUCCAGAAAUAUGCCAGCACAUUUAGUGUGAUCGGUACCUGGUAUGUGACCGUUAUAAUCAUCAUUAAAUACAUCUGGCCUGACCAAGAAGUUUCACCUGGAAUCAUUCCUUCCAGUCCUGCAUCCUGGACCGAUGUGUUCAACGCCAUGCCGACUAUCUGCUUUGGAUUCCAGUGUCAUGUGAGCAGUGUACCAGUGUUUAACAGUAUGAGGAAUGCAACACUUCGGCCAUGGGGGGGCGUAGUAACAAUCGGCAUGAUCAUCUGCCUGUUCGUCUACACAGGAACGGGUGUGUGUGGUUUCCUGUCGUUUGGCUCCACGGUGAGUCAGGAUGUGCUGAUGUCAUACCCAUCUAAAGAUAUCGCUGUGGCGAUUGCCAGAGCCUUCAUCAUCAUCAGUGUGGUCACUUCGUAUCCCAUACUGCACUUCUGUGGCAGAGCCGUGCUUGAGGGACUGUGGCUGCGUUUCAAAGGGACAGACGUGGACACGGAUGUGGUGAGAGAGCGAAGGCGUCGUGUUCUGUGCACACUCGUCUGGUUCUGUCUCACACUAGUCCUUGCUCUCACCAUCCCCGACAUCGGGCGUGUCAUCGCGCUCAUCGGCGGCCUCGCAGCCUGCUUCAUUUUUAUCUUCCCAGGUUUGUGUUUGAUUGAGGCCAAAAUCUCAGAGCACGAUGCCAGAUCAGUCAGCUGGCAUGCACUGGUGCUUUACGGAAUCCUCAUGGUCACAGUCGGCACUUUCAUCUUUGGCCAGACGACCACCAACGCCAUCUACAGAGUCGUCAUCAACCACUAAGACAGCAGGGACACGGGGACUGUGAUGGAGCUGCUUAGAUACCUACACCUACAGCAACCUCAGCUUUAAAUCUGGAAAAAACUCGUAUAAAAGGAACAAACGGUUAGAUCUUUUAUUAACUUAUUAGGCUCUGUUCAGCAUGCGGCAUGAAGCCUCCGACUAUAUGCUCCAGUUACACACUACACAUAUAAUUGUGGUUUAACAGUUAUCCAAUCAUCAGCAAUUCAUUCUUUCUUUAUUAACAUUAACUUCAACAGACUACUGUUGUUUGUCACUAGUUGUUAAAAAAAUCUAAAUUUAUCCAAACUGUAAAACAUGCGUAGCAUCUGAAGCUGGCUUCAAGGCUCAUGUAGCUACAAAGUAUUGAAAACUUAUGACCACCACUGCACACCCGAACUGCACACAGGUCUUUGCACACCCGCCUCGAAGCACUGUUCUCUAUAGUAUUGGACCGGAUCACAUCACCAAGUUCAAUGCUCUGUAAUAGUGAAAGAAAAAAUUCGAGCUUUAAACACUAAACAUGUUUCAGCAGAACUACCAGGCAGAUAUUGUGAUUUUGGCAAAUGCCUGCUUUUUUUCUUUUUUUAAUCAUCACUCAUAUAUAUUCUUUUAUCAUUUGAACCAUUAAUACUAGAGAUUAAGACAUUAUUAUUAUUUUAAAAAAAUUCUAAGUAGAAUAACCAAUUUCAAAAGCGCUUUAAAACUCCUAACAAUGUUCCUUUGAUCUAUGUGAUUUUUUUUAAAUUAUUUUUUUCUUUGACCAAUACCUGCAUCGGUCAGUUCUGGGAGAAUGUAAUAAAAUUAAUGUUUUAAAAUAUAAAAUAAAAAAGGAUUGAAGUUUAGAGAAGCUGUGCACGUUCUGUGUUGCUUACAAAUGUUUACAGAUGGGUUUAUUCCAAAAAUUAGGGUUAUUAUAAGAAUUGUUUUAAGGGUGGUGUUCACAGGGGGUUAGUAGGUAGUAGCUAGCUAGGCUCCAUGUAAUACCUCCAAGAUACCGCUAUGAAAUUUGGUAUUAAAUACAGCUAGCUGGCUAGCAACAUACAAACACAUGAUCAUCAGUGUCGUUGGUUAUCAGUUACUAGUAUUUAAGUAAUUUUUUUAUAAGUGAUGAUAUGAUAAUAUGACAGAAGUAAUGCACAGCUUCUUUAAACUCUCUCGGUUUUGUUUUAAUGUUUGUUUUGAGACAGUUUUGGGAAUAAAAGUUCUGUUUUAGCAUGACCGCAGUUUACAGAUUUGUCUAUUCUAUGCAUGAGGCUGUGAAAUAAACACUACCAGUGCAGCAGACAAAUAAUCAUUCAGGGUAAUUUUUCCUCAAUGUUUCCUCAGUGGUUUGUAAAUGUGUUGUCUUUCUUUGUUUUUUUUCCGUGUUGCACAAUUUUGAUGUAGCAUCUUUUUUGUCUUUCUUUCAUUUUUCACAUGCCUCAUGAACAAAUUGUAUUUUUUUAAACUCAAUAAAAGGAAUCAAGUGUUUGAUUUAA